AUGGUCGGGCCCCCCAGCCCCGCACCAGGCCCCCCACUGGAGUCGCUGCUGCUGCUGCGGUUGCUGCUGCUGCUGCUGCUGCUCAGUCACCAGCACCCCCUCCCCCCCCAUCCUCCUCCGCCACCAUCAUCAUUACCUCCCCCGGCCGCACCUCUCACACUAACCCUACCCACCGCAGCCCAACCUCCGCCCGCCCCGCCGCCAUUGGCCGAGAUCAGUGCCAGCCCCGCCCGCUCCCGAGACAGGUCUGCGGAGCGUCCGGGCCAGCUCAUUGGCAGGAUAUGCCUGUCGAUCACGGCUGCUCCGCCUACAGAGCUGGAGACGCAGAUGGAGGUGGACAUCCCGGCCUGUUCCUUUGAUUGGCGCCUCGGGUGGAAGAGUGUUGGAGAUGGCAAUGGUUUAUAA